AUGGUUCUCAAGCGCAAGCGUUCUUCCGAGGAGCUUUCCAGCUCGCCGUCGUCGUUCUCCUCCUCGCCCAUACUCCCUGGUACGAUGGACAUGGACCACAUCUCUCCGGCGCCCUUUGCUGCGUUCUCCUCCCACUUCACGCCAUCACACCUGCCUAGCCGCACCAUGAAGCGUUUCCGCGACAACAGACCCUCGCAGGAUGCAGUCCAUCAACACACACUCAGCAUGCUCUACUCCGCUCAGCAACAUUCCGAUGCAGACUUUGCCCCAACCAGCCCCUCUCCGAUGCCUCGCAUUCUCGAGCGACCAGCACAGCCGGCGCCAACAGCGCAGCGGUCUCUACAUGCAUUCUGGAACAUCAACUCUGCUCCGGCCGCACCGUCAUUCACACCAUCCACGUCACAAACCUGCCAUGAGACUUUGAGCUGCGAAGACUGUGGUGUCGGGUUCGGCUCCCGCGAUGGGACUGACUCGAUGGACAUCAAUGGCUACGGCUUCGAUAGCGAGGACGACCACCUGUGCGGUGCCUGUAGGAGGCAUGUGUGCUCCGGCUGCUCCGUCACGAACCUUGGGGAGCAGCGUCGGUGUUUGACCUGCGCUGGGAGGAGGGUUCGCGUGGGGGGGCUGGGAUGGACGACGGCGAGGAUCCCUUUUUAA